CAUACUCUUCUAAGCACGAGAGCGCUCUAGGGCGCUGGUAGUAGGCAGAACAGAACACACAAUUUAUAUUUUUUAAAUAUGGUUUUAUUUCAAGUUGAAAAGAAACGAGAAUUAACGGAUUCGGGAAAUGGCUGGAGGUUCAAAAAAAGGCCACAAAGGUUGGGAGUCUUUUUUUUUUCUAUUCUAUAGUUUAUGAGACUUUCACUUUGAAAACAAUUUCAAAUGUCAGUCAUUGCUGCUCUGUCUGCUCAUUGUUCAAAUUCAAUCAUUGUUUAUUACUUACUCUUACUACAUACCGUCAUACUAAUACAAUGUAAUGUUUAUGCUUCUGCUUGGCAUAUAUUGUCACUCAUUGACAAAUAGUCUUGUCCAAAAUAACAAUUAGUCUAAAUGAAUUAGGCUAAUUAUUAGUAUGAAAAUAAAUGGUGCGGCUAACAGUUGAUGAUUUAGACUCAAUACUCAAUACUGUCAAUUGUCAAUAGUAAUUCUAAGUAAUAGGGCCUAUUUGAAGUAUUUGUAUUUGACUUUGAAAUUGUAUACUUUAAGCCUAAUUAAUAAUUAUUUAAAAAUUAGUAAAUAUAGGCCUAUAAUAUAAAUAUAUAUUGUAAAUAUAUUGCCUAGUUGUUGUAAAAGUAAGAUUAAAUUGAUUAAUAUUAAUAAUAUUAACUUUUGGGCCAAAGCCUUUCUUUGGCCUACUUAUAAUUAAUUGUUAGUAGGCCUAAGUGUUAGCCUAUAGACUAUAGUAAUUUAGUUGUACUAAGAUUCUGUAGAUUAAAACUGCCUACAAAAUGCAUUACAAUUGAUUACAAAUGUCAAAUUCAAAUGAUACAUUAACUGUCUUAGACUGAGUUAGAUUACGAUUACACAAAUUACAAAGACAAAACUCUAGACAUAUUAGUUUAGUAGGUCACCUUCACAUAUAUUUCUAAUAACUAUAAACUAUAGUAGACUAUACUUAGACUUAUUAAUUUUUUUGUAAUCAUGAGAACCAGACUUAGGCAACUAUUUAAGCCUACAACUACAACUAAAUUACUUACAAUUUCAAGAAAUAAACUAACUUACCUUUAUAAUCACUUCUCUUGGUUGUCUAAGUGACUUUAAGUCAGUGGUUUGGUGAGAAGUAGAGGCAGGGUCACAAGGUGGAGUUUAAAAUAAUUUUUUUUAAAGCCAAAUAUUAAAUUUAAUUGAACUCUUUUUUUUUUCUCUUUAUGGUAAACUUUGCAUCUAUUGUUUUUAACUAGUCUAAAUAAAACACAUCUCUUUAAUCUCUACUAUCCUGACUGAUUCCCACCUCUGACCGAAAAACGAUGGUACUGAUUGUCAUCCAUGUCUUGAGAUGUAAAUAGUUUUAAAUAUACUUUUGUUUAGUUUUAUUUAAUUAAUGUAUGUCAAUUAAUUUUAAAAGUUUUUUUGAUUAUGCUUGUUAAAUUGUAUGUACAACGUGGUGAGCCCAGCUUUAGGCUGAGGUUUCCACGUUAUAUAAAACCACGUAUAAUAAUAAUAAUAUAUUUUAGUAUUAAAUUAUUAAGUAUUUCGGUACUCUCCUCUAUUUCCAACAUUAAUAGCAAUGGAGCAGGCAUUAAGCUACAAACAUUGGCAGGACUUUCUAUAUAAAUGAAAUUUUAUUAUUUAUAUAUUACUUUAUGAAUGCAAUAUAAAUUCAAUCCUAUUCUUUUUUUAUAGAACUCCUUCAGAAGUUCAAGGCCAAAGUUAUCGGCAAACUAUUUGGAAACAUUGAUGACUCUGAUGUUCCAGCCAAUGAAACUUUAGCUGAAAACAUUGCUGUUUAUGCAAGCAGCUCUUCUACCUUGUCUGGCUUAGAUAGCUUAUCCCGAACACGAGAAGUAAAAUUAUAUGGUGCCCAAUGCUGCCCAACUGGCAGCAAACAUAGAAGUCAUGUAAAUGAACCAGUCCAUUUGGUUGGCUCAUCGUCCUAUAUUAGUGAUGAUGAAGAUUCUGGUAAGAUAUUUAUAUUUCCUUUAAAAAAAUUAUUUUAAAAAAUCUUGAAAAACAUUUAAAAUGUCCACAAAAAAAACUGUUCACAAAACACAUUUUGGUUCCCACACACAUUCCACAGAUGAAAUUUGUUUGUAUCUUUCAAAUAUAGAGGGUUUCCACAUUUGAUUCAGUAAGCAAAUUAAUAUGAAAUUCUAUAUGGAUGACCUCAUACUGUACUAUAAAUUUAAAUAAAAAAUUCUGUAUACUGUCAUACAAUUUCAGGCACUGAACAAAUUUUGAUGAAGCGAAAAAAAAUACAAAAACAUAUUUGUUCUGAAAAAAGACAAAGGGAUCAAGAAUUAGCUUCCCUGUCAUCCUCCUCUAGCAGCAAUCAGGCUUCUGGCUCAUCUAUGGGACAGAACAUGGAAACCGGCAUGGGAUCAGGGCUUACAAAAAACCAAAGGAGAAAAAUGAAAAAGAAAAAGAGAGAGAAGGAAAGACAAGCCAGAAAUUGCCUAUCUACAGAAUAUGUUUUUGACUCCAGCACCAAUAAUUCUGUGUCUACUGAUGUGUGAGUAUUGUCAUGUUCAUUCACUCAAUGAAAUGUUCCAAAAAAUAUCUUUACAGAUUUUAUCUAUUUCAAAAGUAAACCACUAGAUGUAAAACAUAACUAAAUUUUAUCUUAAUGUUUGAUAAUUGCUUUGUUAUGUCCAUGUCUGUGUAAUUUGAUAUGUCAAAUACCCCAGUGGUUAAGUUUUAUACAGGUCCUGACUAUCAAGAAUUUUUAAAAGCAAUCAACCAAAGUUAAUACCGACAUAGUAUGGAAAUCAAAACAAAACUAAAAACUUAGUGUUAAAGUUUUCAGGUAAAAUUUGACUUGAAGUUGAAAAAAAAUUUGGGAAAUCAAAGUAAGAUAAAUAGUUGAAUUGUACCGUAUUUUAAAAGCUUGCAUUUCACAAUCUUUAUUGGACAGGUUCACUCCUGAUGCAAGUUCUGAAAGCAAACUGAAAUCAGUUUUAGAAUUCUUGGAGGCAGUCUGGGAUGUAUACUAUGCUGAUUGUAAGUGGACUUAUUUUUCAUCUGCUGUAAGAGUGAUUCUCAAACUUUUAUCUGAUCAGGACUUUGUUUUAAAAUGUAUCUUAUUACCGGUACUCAUGGUUUUGCGAUUUGUUGGUUGUUUAAUAUUAUCUAGUGCUCACUUUUGGGUUGCACAGGUAAUCAGUUAUCUGCCAUUUUGCAGCUUGCAGAUUAAUUAUUAUCAGCCUUUUUUGCAAUUAGUAAUAAAAUGUCUAAAAAAAACUACAAAAUUGACCCAGAUUUAUAUCACUAAAAACAUUAUUUAUUUAAUUUAAUGAAUCCAUUUCAAAGCUAUAUAUGCUCCUUGAGGUAUUUUUAAAAUUUAGAACAGCCCUCUCUGGUAGGACUGCAUGUUCAGAAAAAUGUGUACAGCUAUGACUUAGUAUAAUCACCCACCAAAUCCUUAAAAAUUUAUGUAAAAUUACACAUUAAAACUCUUUCUUCACUCAAGAGUAGGGAUUUUCAAACUAAGGCCCGCGAGGCCCUCUCAUCCGGCCCGUGGAGACCUUUUUGUCGAUGGAAAAAAAUUACUGAAAUUUACGUGUAUCCUGCCAAGAUCAGCUGCCGCUUACUUGAACGUUAUGUUUUUACCGAAUUAAAAUAGAGGCGCGCAGUAGUGUGUUAUAUAAAACCUGCGCCGUCAUCAUCAAAGCAAACAUCAGGAGAAAUAUGCACAGUGGGAGGGUAAAGCUUGUGCCGAAAAAUUUUCUAAAUUUUCAAAAUCAACUCACAUCUCAAAGGACAUUGUUCAGUAACUCCUCAAAUGAAAAUGAAUGCUUAACUUAGGCCAGUUAUAAAGUUGCCUACAUCCUGGCUAAAAGUGACAAACCGUUUACAGAUGGUGAAGUAGUGAAGGGAUUUUUGUUGGUGGUGGCUGAGGAACUUUGCUCAGAAAAGUCAAAACAAUUUGAAAAUGUAGCUUUGGGUACAAAUACCAUUGCCGGCGUGUUGCAGACAUGCGACUCAAAUAGCAAAAAAUGCAAGCGUCCCCAUUUUUCAAUUGCAAUGGAUGAAUAGCUGGACAGCUGUUCCAAGUCUCAACUUCUUGUAUUCAUUAGAGUUGUCGAUGAAGACAUGAACAUAACACAAGAGCUGACUUCCCUACAUAGUAUGUAAGGCACUGUUACCGGAGAGGAUAUAUUUAAUGAGUUGAAAAAAAAAUUUCCUGAUUAUAACUUGGACUGGACUAACCUCAGUUGCCUGACUGUUGAUGGAGGAAAGAACACAAGUGGCAUAAAGAAAGGCUUGGUUGGACAAGUGAAGCAGAUGUGUAAUGAGAAACAAAUUCUAUAACCAAUGUGCCUGCAUUAUAUUAUUCACCAGCAAGCUUUGUGUGCUAAAUAUAUGGAUAUUAGCAGUGUACUGAAUCCUGUGGUGAAUAUGGUGAAUUUAAUAAAGUCACAUGGGCUCAACCAUAGACAGUUCAGAGACCUGUUGAAAGAUACAGACACAGAAUUGCAAGAUUUACCAUAUUACACAGCUAUAAGAUGGCUAAGUUGUGAGAAAGUUUUGAGCAGAGUAUUUAAGUUAUGAAACAAAAUAGGAGACUUCCUGGAAAGUAAAGGCAAGCCACAACCAUUACUGUCUGAUGAAGAGAGGAAGUAUGGAAAUUGUCCUUUGCUGCAGACAGGGAAGAAUUAUGCAGUGCCAAGAAAGAGCGACGUAGUGCGGAAAAUAAGUCGCUGAGGUCAGGUCUUGUUGUUUUGAGGCAAAUGUAUUAUGCUGCCAAGAAACGUGUGGCCAGGAUUGUUUCUCGUGCUAAGACUUUGUAUUUUAGCCAAAAGAUAAUUAUGGGUAAAACCAGCAGGCAGUUGUUCGAUGUUUGUGCCCACCUCAGAGGGAGUAGCAAAGGUAUUUCUCUUCCUUCAGUGUAUCCGUUGCUCCAGCAACCGGAUAUUUUCUGUAAUUUUUUACAAGCAAAAUUGCUGACAUUUGCGCUGAGCUUGAUCGUCUUGACAUAUAACCCCUAGAUUUGCCUCCUUUUUCUUGUGUUAAUUCACAUUUUGAACUUUUUCAACCGGUUUCAGAACAAGAGGUCAAAAAUGUUAUUUUAAAGUCGAAACCUACAUCAUGUUCUUUGGACCCCAUCCCUACCCCACUGUUGGUUGAGUCGUUAGAUCAUUUGCUCCCAACAAUAACCCAUAUAGUCAAUGAAAGCUUGUUUUCUGGUACUGGUACUUUUCCCCCUAUUUGUAAGUCAGCUGUCAUCAAACCAUUAUUUAAGAAGCCUGGUCUGGAUGAAAAUAAUAAAAAAAACUAUAGACCUGUAUCUAACUUAUCAUUUUUAUCUAAAGUCAUUGAAAAACUUGUACUAAAACAACUUUUUGUUUACUUAAACGACCACUCUCUUCUCAGUCCUAAUCAGUCGGCCUAUAGACCUUUCCAUAGCACUGAGACAGCUCUCUUAAGAGUCACCAAUGAUCUCUUGCUCGCACUGGACAGCGGUGAUACCUCCAUCCUGAUCCUCUUAGAUCUCAGUGCGGCCUUUGACACUGUUGACCAUGAAAUCCUUUAUAAAACCCUAGAAAAUUAUUGGAAUUUCGGGAUCAGUUUUGGCUUGCUUUAGGUCUUAUCUCUCCGAUAUAACGCAGGCGGUCGCCGUCGAUUGGCUGUCUUUCCGACAGUGAUUACUUGGUGUACGGAGUGCCCCAGGGGUCCAUUUUGGGCACGGUUCUAUUCAUAAUGUAUACCAGGCCACUGCUCCUCUCGUUCGGGAGGCAUGCUGUGGAGAGCCAGUCAUUCGCAGAUGACACGCAGUUAUACAAGCAUAUCCAUCCCUCUCUUGUUGAUUCUGCUAUCCGGACUUAACGGGAGAGCAUUGAUGAUGUCAAGACAUGGAUGUCUCAGCAGGUUGAAGCUUAAUGAUAACAAAAUGGAAGCACUCUUUAUUCGCGAUCAUAAAUCAUCCUCUAACUCAGCUCUCCCCACUUCAUUUCAGUAACUCCGAUAUACAGUUUACAUUCUCUGCUAGGAAUCUUGGUUAUACUCUGUCUAACAAUAUGUCUCUCGAUAAGCAUAUCUCUCACGUUUGUCGUUCUGCAUACACCGCCAUUCGUCAGAUAAGCUCCAUCCGCCAAUAUCUUACAGUUGGUGCAACAAAAACCCUAGUCUGUGCUCUUGUUCUCUCUCGUCUUGACUAUUGUAAUUCUAUUCUAUUAGGUUCACCAAAACACUUCUUAGAAAAAUUACAAAAGGUUCAAAACUCAGCCGCUAGGCUAAUUCUAAAGGCAAGAAAACGUUAUCACGUCACACCACUACUUCAUUGGCUCCCUAUACAAGCACGUAGUGACUUCAAACUCUCUAUUCUCUGCCACAAAUUUUUCUCGAAUUCCUCCCCUUCCUAUCCAACAGAACUUCUCUCUGUCUAUUCACCCCUUCGACAGCUUCGCUCCUCUGCAGACGCGCAUAUUAUUUCUGUCCCCAAGACUCGCACAAAAACAUACGGUGAACGAUCGUUCUCUUUCUGUGCCCUCAAACAAUGGAAUUCUCUUCCAUUACACAUCCGCACUAUAUCGACCAUCACAACCUUCAAAACUGCACCCAAAACGCAUCUCUUUAAUCUCUACGAUCCUGACCGAUUCCCACCUCUGACCGAAAAAUGAUGGUACUGUCGUCCAUGGCUUGAGAUGUAGAUAGCUUUAAAUAUACAUUUGUUUUAUUUUAUUUAAUUAAUGUAUGUCAACUCAUUAUUUUAUUUAUUUUUUAUUAUGUUUGUUGAAUUGUAUGUACAGCGUGGUGAGCCCAGCCCUAGGCUGCAGUUCUGGGCAGAACGAACACCCCCACCCCCAUUAGUGCAAUAAUAAAGUGAAAUCAACUAAAUUCAAAAUUAUUCCCCUGGCGUAUACUGACAAUUACUUGGUUAUUUAUAUUAAAUUAUAUAUCAAUAUUUUUCCCAUUCUAGGUACUAACAAAGCACUAGAAAGAUCUGAGUUUCUAGAAUCUUUGCAUAAGCUUAAUGACACAUCUAACAAAGAUGAAUUGCUGCUUCUCUACAGUACUAUGUCAACAUUGGUUCUUAGAGAUAGAGAAAUAGGAAUAAAAAAAAUUGAGCAAUUUAAGGAAUCGACAUCAUUAUCUUCAGGUAAUUUUAAUUGUUUGAUCUCUGUCAAGGUAUUAGAACCACUGAGGUAUUUAUUAAUUAUGAUAGCCAUCUCAGUUUGCUUUUGAGGAGAGUGAGCUCAGGUUCAAACAUGAGUUUCAAUCUGAUUGGAAACACGGUGUUUGCAAAUAACAAGAUGCGUUUAUGUAUAAUAUGAGCGGAGAGGUAUGGAGAGCUAGACUAUCAGAGCCCGAUAGAAAUUCGAGAUGCUCUACAGAUAGGAGGUAGAACAGAGAUAGUCAUCAAGAGCCCCAAUAGAAGGGAUAGUGGAUUGAGUCUUAUGGGGUGCUGGAUAGAGAUUGGAGAGUAUAUUCAACAAAGGAACCUUAUGACAAAGUCAGUUCGCCAGGCAUACCUGUGUUGAUUACAUAAUCAGAGAGUACCAGAUGUAAAGAGUGAGUUAGUAUACCUUGUAUAAAAUUAAAGUAUACCAUUUAUUGAUUUAGUGUACAGAUAUAAAUCAUGAUAUAUGACCUUGUGUAAUAAACUUGUAUGCAACCUGAUUAUUUGUUCAUGUACAAGUCGUAUUGUAUGUUAGCUAAGCAAGAAAAAAACCUAGAAGUCCAGGGGUAAACGAUCUGGCUAGGAGAAUGUUGUCACUAGUGAUGUACCGGUAGUAAUUCAAUUACCAAUGUGCUUAGAGUUGUGGGAAGUUUGUCAUAUUGCGAGAGCUAGAUAUAAGGUUUGGGUUUUGGGGGCACAACCAUAGUUCAGUUGAGGAAGAAGACACACCUGUAGUUGAGUUGCAACAGUUGAAGAACAGUAAAGUUAUAGAGUUGAGUUGAAGAAGUUGCCUUAGAUUUUGUCAGACCCAUGGAGUAUGGACAAUCAACAUUUUAAUUAAGUGAUAGUGGAACUCAAGAACUUCAUUAUAAUAAGAAAUAAAUAACCCGUUCGUUAUCAACUUUGACAGUUGAUAUUGUUUGGAUUAAUUAUGUCUUGCAUGGUGUUGUCUCUCUCAGAGCCUAGAUGGCAAAAAUAUAAAUCACAGCAGGAGCGGUCUUUUACUGACCACUACUACGUCAAAUAGUUUGUGACAAGUCAGAACUGAAGCCUUCUUUUCAUAUACGUUCUGUGACACACCUUUUUCUCAAAGUCAUCCUAACAAGUUAAUUUGGAAUAAUGAAUACAUUUAUUUAAAUUCAUUAAAAACAAAUUUUUCAUUUGAGAUUUCCUUUGCAGCCCUUGGCUUUGCGGAUCAAUUAUACAUUUAUUUAUUUAUUUUUGCCCACAUAGUCAAAUCGGUAAGACAGCAGUAGAUCACUAAGUGCCAUCUAGUAAAUGCAAACAGUAAUUACUCUAGUGAGCUACUGGUUUGCUCCAGGUCUGCUAGAAGGCUCACAUUUUUAGGAACCCUUUGGCUAGGCCAAACAGACAAUGGUGAAAUCCCCUAACGCAUUUUAAAACAUGGUCUACAGUGAUCUAAUUGCUUAAUAACUUAAUAAAUUGAUUUUUUUUUGGGGUGGGGGUGGGGCAAGUCCAUUUAUUUGAAUGAAGAGAUGUGGUGUAUGGGGGAAGGGGCUGGAAUUUUACCUUUUUUGCAAACUUAAUAUAUGGAUUAAGGAGGAAAGGGGAUGGGUGGCCAGGAGAGAUUUUUUAAAUACUUUAUGGUCAUAUCAUCCUGUUAAACCAUAUUAAUUUCAUUUGUAUUUUAAAAAACAUUUCAGAAGUCAGUUCCUGUGUGACAAAGCUCUUUGUUUACUGGACAGAAGAAGUCAUGAAUAGCUGACAAGAAGAAUUUUUUUUAUGUUACCAGUAGUCAAGUAAAAUUUAUCUUUAUUUGUCUGAUGCAUUUAAAUCACCAAUUACCUUUGAAACACUAAGAAGGUCAUCUUUAACUUUAAAUGACAAUUGUAAUUGUAUUGUUACUUCUUUAGUCAUCAUAUUGUAAGUUGCUAUAAUUUUAAGUUGCAGCAAAUAAUGCAAGCACCUCAUCAUAAACUUUCAACACUUUUAUAGUAUGGUCUCCAUAAUAAUCAAGAUAGUAACACUAGUAAAUUUAAAUUAAUGAAAUGCUUGCCAGCAGUUUUAUGCGGAAAUCAAAUACAAUAUAUUCAACAAUGUUGGCUUGCUAAAUGAGCUAUGGCUGUAUCACUUACUCAUCUGUAUCAUUUAAAAAAGAUAUUAAAAGUUUUGGAUAAACAGAAAUUACAAUUUUGUCCAUCCAGUAUCCAGUCAAAGAACUUUGAAGUAGAAUAGUAAACCUUUGAAAUAUUCUUUGAUAGUUCAUUAUCCUGCUAGAAGUAGAAGAGCUAAAUAGUUGUCAUUUGCCUUAUUACCUUUACAAGCAUUUCAUCCAGUUCAAACAGUUGUGAUGCAGUAUUGUAUUGUAAAUAUAUUCCUCUAUAUUUGUAUAAUUUAUUAAAUAACAGGUGGAGGGAUGACUACAUGAAAUGGCACAAUGCAAGGACUGUAUUUUAUUGUUGCCCAUCCAUCUAUAUAGAAAACUAUGUGAUAAUACACAUAUUUAAGUAAAGAAAUAUUUCUUCAUUAAUUGUCAUGUUACAUUCUCCUUUAACUGUAAAAAAAACAUAAUAUACAUGCUUGUAUCUCUGUCAGUUGGACCGUCACAUAUAAAAUUUUAGUAGUAUUUUUAUCAAAGCAUUAAAUUGGCAAAAAAUCUCAUCUUGACACUGUGUAUCACUUAUGACAGUAUUAACAAUUUGAGAAUUAAAACUAAAGCAAAUAAAAGUAAUGAGAACUUCAUUGUUGUUUUAUUACCAUUUUAUUGUUUCCACCAACCAAAUUGCGUAUUUCAAAAAAAUUCAAAUAACUCAUAGUUAAAGCUUUAACAUUUUAAAUUUCUUCAUAUUUUUCUUAACAAUUUACACUGAUGAAACCUUGGACUAAUAUUUACAUUAAUGAAAAACAUGAUCAGAGUUUAUAUUUACAAAAUAAAAAAUGAUGACCUUAGUUAACCCUUGGCAUGUUGCAAAGACUUCAGAUUCAUAAAAAGCAUGUUUAUUUGGUCCAGCUGACUUUUGGAAUAUCAAAAUGUUCUGUCAAAUUAUCCAGCUGCUGGUUGAACUCCUGUUUAAGAUGUGAAGUAAACAUUACAGUUUUGUCAUAAAUUUAUGACACUCAAGUCUAUCCAGUAUUUUGCAUUUUAACAAUGGUUAAUUAGUAGCAGAUUAAAUGUUUCUGUGGACAGUAGGUUUCCCACUCCUUGUCU